AUGCCGGGCCCUUGGCUGCUGCUCACCCUGGCUCUGACCUUGACCCUGACCGGUUCCCCGGGAGGCCGCGCUCAGCCCCAAGCCGCGCAGCUAGAGGCCGAGAUGGCUGCGGAGCAUCCUGGCCUGGACGACCUUCUGCGCCAAGCAGAACGGUUCCUUCUUCUCCAGGAUGACAUCCAGAGACUGCGAGGGGACCUGGGCGAGCCCUCAGGUGAGUGGUCCCUUCAACCCGAUUCGCUCUCCAAGCGUCAACAUCCGGGCAAAAGGGAAGAGGAGGCAGAGGAGGGAGUGGAAGAGGAGGAGGAAGGCGGAGCUGUGGGGCCCCACAAACGCCAGCACCCGGGGCGACGCGAGGAUGAGGCUUCGUGGUCUCUAGAUAUGACCCAGCAGCACAAGAGACAGCACCCUGGCCGGCGCUCCCCGUGGCUGGGGUCCACUGUCACCAAGAGGCAGCACCCAGGCAGAAGGCUGGUGGACCCCCAGGUCCAGGGGAGCUGGGAAGAGGAGCAAGAAGAAGAUGCAGGAGAGGGGACCCCGAUGGUUGAGAGGCGCCAGCAUCCCGGCAAGAGGGCGCUGGGAGGCCCCUGUGCGCCCCAGGGAACCUGUGCCCCAUCAGGCCUCCUUCUGGGGCUCCUGAGUGACCUGAGCAGGGGCCAGGGGAUCCAGGAGAAGCCGCCCCACCCCGAGCGUCGGGCAUCCUGGGCCAGGGAGCCCCUGGAAGAGUGA